AUGGGGGCCAGCGACUCCAAGAUAGGAUUUAAGCAGGGCAUCUUCAGAUUAUCAGAGGAGCGCAACAUUGCGGCGCAUGAUCCUUACUGGACUUCGUUUUGGGAGCUUCCUGAAUCCUCGGAAGAUGUUUUUAGUCUUUUCUCGCCCAACGAUAUCCGCCGAACUCGUGACAAUGCCCUAGAAAAUAUCGAGACCUUGAUUCAAACCCUGACAACGCGAGCCUUUACUCUACGACACCAUCCAUCCUUUCCAGAUCCCGACCAAGCUCCAGAACGAGACAUUCUGAACUGUAUCAGGGUUCUUACCCGAGUACUGCCAUACUUAUAUGAGAAAGAGAGCUUAGGACCUUGGGAAGAAAAGUUCCUGUGGACACCCCGACAGGUAAAGGGCCGAACUGUCAAAAACGAAGUGCUGUUUGAUGAAGCUCAGGAAGGGAAAGAGCCGGUGCAGUCCGCAGCUGAGACGCAUGAGAACCUGAGACCUCUAGCGGAGGAGCUGAUAGACACCUUGGUCGAUCUCCUAUUCUUCUCAGAUUUCACUCUCCCUCGCCAGCCAAAUGGACAGUCCAAGGUUACGUAUGCCAUAUGGCAGAGCGGGGUUGGAUGCAAUACCGCGGUGGCAACGACCAAAGAAUUUGAAAGCAACCGAUGUGAAAUUCUAAGGCUCCUCAUGACUCUUGCUGGCCAAAGCAUGUACACAACCCCGGGAGUGCUGCCACAGAGGGGAGUGCGGACUCUAACCUACCUCUGCACGUCUCCCGAUAAGCAGGUGGUGCUCUCGGUUCUUUGUUCCCUUCUAAACACUACGUUGAAAUAUAAUCCAGCGAGCUGGCGCGUACCAUACAACACCUUAGUGUUCAGAGACACUAAGCAGGUUCUUCCGCUUCAAGAGAAGAGCUCAUACAUUCCUGGCUCUCAAUCUUCUUCUAACCUUGCUCCAGAGGUAUUAAUGCUAUUCUGGGAACUCAUUCAAUGCAAUAAGCGAUUUCGGUCCUUCAUCAUUGAUACCGAUCGGGCACACGACUUCGUUGUCCUAGCACUAUUCUACGCUCUAGAAUACAGGAAUGAGCCAUCUAAGCAGGGUGUUGUGCGCAUGUGCGCGUUUCUCUUACAGACAUUGAGCGUUGAAGCGAGCUUUGGUUCUCAUUUGAACAAGAUUUUCGAAGGCCAAGAAAGCCUCCCUGCGAGCAUCAGAAUCAACGCAUUCAGGGGCACCUACGCUGAUUUCCUUUUACACUCAAUUUAUACAUUGAUCACUACAAGUCAGGGCAACUUCGCUCCAGUUUACCCGGCGCUUCUAGCAAUCAUCAACAACAUAGCUCCACAUAUUGAAGGACUGAGUGCUUCCAGUGGCUCCCAGCUCAUGCAUCUGUUUUCGCUGAUGGCAUCGCCAUCAUUUCUACUUGCCAAUGAAACUAAUCAUGUCCUCUUACACUCUCUGCUGGAUUCGAUCAAUUCCAUUCUUGAAAACAAAUACCGCCAGAAUCCGGAGCUAAUACUGGCCAUUAUCAAGAACAAGAAGCGUAUUGAGGCGCUCAGAACAUUCACCCUGGAAAGUGGACAAGAGGAGAUUGAGAAGAUCAAUAGAAGAAGGAAGGAUGCUGGGGCCGCGAUUCACACUGGGCUUUUCGACGACGGAUCUCGACGAAGCUCUGCCGACAGCAUACGAAGCCCAUCGAACGCCCUAUCUCGAACGCAAUCGUUGGAAGAAGUCCCCGAGGACAGCGCUUUUGCCGUCGGAGACGACGAUGACGACGAAGAUAGCGACGAGGAGCCUCAGCCCACACCAGCCGCAUCAACUGCUAGCGAAAAUCCGUCUCAGGCAUCAUCAGUAACUAAUGUUGAAGAUGCAGUGCCUGUACAGCUACGAGGAAUGUCCGAGAAAGCCCGGGGAAAGAUGCCGGCUAAUAUCCAGUCCUUCUCCCGGCAGAACAGCUCAACAAGUCUUGGCGCAUAUUCGACCACCAACCAGGCAUUUGGUGGCAGUUUUGAGCCGACAGCCUCGUGGAUCGAUAGUUGGUUGCCAGAAUUACCUCUACAUACCAUCCUGAUUAUCAUUCAGCAAGCAUCGAGCAUUCUCCCACGACAAGCAUCGGCCAGAGAUGCUACAGCUGACACGCUGCGUCGAAUUCAAAAGAUUGAAUUUGUCGGCCUCGAGCCGUCUGCCGUACGAGUCCACUUAUUUGAAUGGUCCCAGCUGGCGCUCGGAUGGUACGAGUCCCUGCUCUGGGGCGUCAUCUUUGCCAGUGAAAUGCAGAUUGCAAAGGGUACCAUGGGUAUCUGGAAUGGCACGGCCAUCAAGCUCUUCCGAGUCCAGGAGACGGCGCCGGCAGGCCCCACUCUGACCUCACCCAGAGGGGCUGUGGAUGCUGUCGGAAGCAAUAUUGUGUCACGUAUCGGCCAAAUAAAUCUUCGCGGCGCCAUUGAUCCAAUCAUCCCCCCUGGAAGUCUGGAUGCCUGGUGGGCACAUCCCUGUACGGUGCUGGCAACCAUUGGCGACAAGGAACAGAGUACCGCAGUGUUCUUCCUCUUAAUUCAUUAA